CUUAACAAGGCACCUGACAUACCUAUCUGGUUUGGUGGUUCACCUUUGGCUAUCAUUGUGAUUCUCAUACCUCGAGGUGACAUGUUGUGGGUGACUGUUGUCCUGUGUUUGGGGUACUCCCUCGCUGUGCCUCUCGGGCAGGUCCCGUCGACACCAGAGACCAAUGAGGAUUUCCCGGAGGAAAACCCAGGACUCUUUGAGGGAGAUAUCGAGCUUAGACCUGGACAGAACCCACUGGCCCGCAAUGCCUACAGGAACAGAAACUACAGAUGGCCAGGAGGCGUUGUGCCCUACGUCAUCGACACUCACCACUUCUCUUCCUCAGAACAGCAUACAAUCCACCAGGCCAUGCAGACCAUCUCCGACAAAACCAAACAUAACGGCAAAGCGUGUAUCACCUUUAAACCACGUUCCCAUGAAUCAGCGUACAUCAAGUACCAGGGUGGAUCAGGAUGCCAUACCCCUGUAGGGUAUCACCACAGCAUGUCUGGUGUGACCCUUGGAAGUGGCUGUGGCCAAAUCGGAACCAUCAUGCACGAGACUCUCCAUGCUCUGGGUUUCUGGCACGAGCAGAGCCGCCCCGACAGAGAUGGCUAUGUCAGCAUUAAGUGGAGCAACAUCCAGCAUGGUCGUGAGCACAACUUCGACAAGUAUUCAACCGCCAUGAUUGACACCCUUGGACAGCAUUAUGACUACGGGUCCGUCAUGCACUACAAUGCAUACAGCUUCGCCAUCGACCGCAGGAAGCCAACCAUUGAAGUCAAGCAGAAGGGAGCAGUCAUUGGGCAGAGAACUCACCUCAGUCCUAUUGACAUCAAGAAAAUUCAGCUCUACUAUGAAUGUUGAGAUGUACAUGCACAGGGUGUUUAGUCAUUAAAGGGAGUUGAUGCAA